UCUAAAGAGAACAAAGAAAUCAGAGUGUAUUUAAAGAGAAGCAGCCGUGCGUCUCCCCGCACUCAGCUGCGCCAGAAGCCGCCGGUGCGCCUGCAGGAUGCGGACUUCUCUGGUCGUGUGUUGCUGCGUCUUUGCGCUGCACUGUGUCCCGGGCAUGCUGGGGCUGCCAGUGCGCAGAGCCGGCAGGUACAAAGCGGCACCGGCCUCUGAGAAGUUCACGGACCCAAAGAGAAGAGGAAAGGGUCCUCAUGCUCAGGACUUUAUGAACGAAGCGAGCUCACCGACCAACUCCUCCAACGCGUGGAACCGGCCUCGCUGCGGAGUGCCAGACUUCCCCACCCAGAAGGAGGCGCACCUUCGUGCACGACACCGCCAGAGACGCUUCGUGCUGCACGGAGGACGAUUCGACAAGACAGACCUCACUUACAAGAUCAACAAGUUUCCCUGGCAGAUGGGCGAGGACAAGGUGCGGCGGAUCUUCCGGGAGGCCGUGAAGAUCUGGAGCGACGUCACGCCUCUCACUUUCACCGAGGUCCGCAGCGGGACGGCCGACAUCCAGAUCGACUUUACUCGCUACUAUCACGGAGACAGCCUCCCUUUCGACGGGCUGGGUGGGAUUCUCGCUCACGCCUUCUUCCCCAAAACACACAAGCAAGGAGAAAUUCAUUUCGACUACGACGAGUCCUGGACUCUGGGUAACUACAUGGGUACAGACCUUCUGCAGGUCGCUGCUCAUGAAUUCGGGCAUGUCCUGGGCCUGCAGCACUCACACAAGCCAAAAACCAUCAUGUACGAGUACUACUCCUUCUCCUACCCGCUGAAGCUGAGCGAGGACGACAAGCAAGGCAUCCAGUACCUGUACGGAGCCAAGCCGCAGGUCAUGGCCCCGCCACCGACCACUCCUCCGCCUCCUCCCCCACCACCACCUGCACCUGACCACAUCGAGACCAACGAAAUUCCUCCCAACGUCUGUGAGACGGACUUCGACGCGGCGUCCAUGAUCCGAGGCGAGCUGUUCUUCUUCAAGGCGGGUUACGUUUGGAGGAUCAGGGACCCUGCAGGAUCAAAGCACCUGGAGAGCGGGUACCCGGCUCUGGCGUCCCGGCACUGGAAGGGGAUUCCAGCCAAGAUCGACGCCGCCUUUGAAGACAAGUUGGGAAAUAUUUGGUUCUUUAAAGGCGAUCACUUCUGGGUUUUCGACGCUGAGACCCGAAUCAGGGGGCCGGAGCCCAUCCGAACUCUGGGUCUGUCCAUCUCCAGGAUCCAAGCUGCACUUCGCUGGGGCCACGAUUCCAACUACAACACCUACUUCUUCAAGUCGGGCAGCUACUGGAGGUUCAGCCCCCACGAGGACCGCGUCGAGACCGUCCACCCGCGCAGGAUGCAGGACUGGAGCGGCAUCCCCGACGACGUGGACGCCGCCUUCAGGGACAUCCAUGGCUACGCUCACUUUAUCCGAGGUCGGCUCUAUUGGAAGUUUGAUCCCGUGGCCAUGACCUCGUUGGAAGGCUACCCUCGCUACGUCGGUGUGGAUUUUUUCAACUGUGGACGCGUGUGAGUCACGUUUGCCAGUAUUUAAUUUUUUUGUGUUUGGACAAUGAAGAGGAGUUUCUGGAACAAUUCGAGGAUGAGACCUUCUCCUUUUUUAAAGCUGUUUUCAUGUUUCACUGCAUUCAUCCGAUUAAACCACGCCUUCUUCUCAGGAAAACCACAUGACCCUCCCUCAGAUUUG